UGCUGUAUAUAUAUAUAUACACACACACUGGACCCUUGACAGAAAGCGAAUUUAAUGAACAGGUGUUAAUGUGAGAUGCUUUGAACUAUCUCGAAGAUAAAUCGUCUGGGAUGAGGUGAAUGCUUCUGCAUUUAAUCCAAAGGGAGGGGGAAAAAAGAAGAUCGAAAGUGGAAGGAGGAGUGAAGAGAGAGAAAGAACAUGUGAUGUGACUCUGGGUUCUUUGAUUCUUUGGGGAUUUUGUGGUUCUGCUUGCUUCUUCCGCGUCAUUUUCCGACAACCUGUGAUCGUUUUCGGCUGUUUCCUUUCUGGGUUUCGGUCGAAGCUUGCAACUUCCCCAGAAACUGGAUCUGGGUUUCACUGAUUUUUCCUAAAGGAUGAAUCUUCACGAGAAGGGCGGUGUUAUCGUUGCCCAGAUGCUGAGAAGAUCAACUCUCGCGGUGUUCUUCGUCUCCUUAUUUCCAGUUCUAUUUACUGAUUUAAGCCACGCUUCUUCUUCUACGUCAUCUGAAUGGAGCAUUGUGAAGCCUAGGCACUUAUCUCUGCUCAAGAGUGCAUUACAACGUCCGGGUGGAGAACAGUCUGACCUUUGGAGGCCCUUGACCGAUCAGGGAUGGAAACCUUGCAUUGAUUCAGGAAAUGCCCCUUCAUUACCAGAGAAAUCAGAGGGCUACAUCCAGGUGUUUCUUGAUGGAGGUCUGAAUCAGCAACGGAUGGGGAUAUGCGAUGCAGUUGCUGUCGCUAAGAUACUAAACGCCACUCUCGUAAUCCCGUUUCUUGAAGUGAAUUCUGUUUGGCAAGAUUCCAGUUCGUUUGUGGAGAUCUUUGAUGUGGAUCACUUCAUUGAUGAAUUAAAGAAUGAUGUAAGAAUAGUCAAAGAACUGCCUGAAGAAUUCUCAUGGAGCACAAGAGAGUACUAUGCCACAGCAAUCCGUGAAACCCGAGUUAAGACCGCUCCUGUUCAUGCUUCUUCCAACUGGUAUCUCGAGAACGUUUUGCCUCUUCUCCAAAGUUUCGGGAUAGCUGCUAUUUCUCCGUUCUCACACCGUCUAUCUUUUGACCACUUGCCUGCGGAGAUCCAAUGGCUGAGAUGCAAAGUUAAUUUCCGAGCAUUGCGUUUUGUCCCCCACAUUAGACAACUCGGUGAGGCUCUUGUCACUCGUCUUAGAAACCCCUCAUGGAGAGACAAAGAAGAGGAUGUGGAUCAUUUGAGAGACAUGAGCAACCCCCACAAAAGACAAGAGCCCGGGAAGUUCGUUGUUCUUCACCUCCGGUUUGACAAGGAUAUGGCAGCACACUCGGCCUGCGAUUUUGGUGGGGGGAAGGCGGAGAAACUGGCGUUGGCCAAAUACCGGCAAAUGAUAUGGCAAGGAAGAGUCCUAAACUCGCAGUUCACAGACGAAGAGCUGAGGAGCCAAGGACGUUGUCCAUUGACACCAGAAGAGAUGGGCCUUCUUCUUGCUGCUCUUGGCUUCGACAACUCUACCCGUCUCUAUCUUGCUUCCCACAAGGUAUACGGAGGGGAAGCUAGGGUUUCAGCGCUGAGACAAGUGUUUCCAAGAAUGGAAGACAAGAGAAGUCUCGCCUCUUCGGAGGAGAGAGCUCGUAUCAAAGGAAAAGCUUCUCUGUUGGCUGCGGUCGAUUACUACGUGAGCAUGCACAGUGACAUCUUCAUCUCUGCAUCUCCAGGGAACAUGCACAAUGCCCUUGUGGGUCAUAGGACAUUCGAGAACAUGAAGACGGUAAGGCCAAACAUGGCGCUGAUAGAACAGCUGUUCCUCAGGAAAAACAUCACGUGGAUGGAGUUCCAGCAGGCGGUGGGAGAAGGGCAUGUGAACAGGCAAGGCCAGAUCCGUUUAAGGAAGCCCAAGCAGUCCUUGUACACUUACCCUGCUCCCGAUUGCAUGUGUCAUGUCUGAUUCCGCUACUGCUUCUUCUCUCCGGUUUUGGUCAGAAUCCCCAUUCCUUUCCAUGGUUGCGGCUGAACAAUAUAUACAUAUAUAUAUAUAUAUAGCACAUGAUAGCGAUGAGGAGGAAAAAUAAUAUCUUCGUGCGUUCAUAGCAGUUGUUGACUGCAUGCCGGUGUAGCAGAGGGAGAGAGAGAGAGAGAGAGAGAGAGAGAGAGAGAGAGAGAGAGAGAUUGAGAUUGGUGCUCAUGAUUUUGAGUUGCGAUUAGGUUCCUAUCUCUUAUUGGCCGAUGCCCAUGAAUUCAUCUGACUAUACUUAUUUGUAUCGAUAUGGUCAGUAUUGAUUUCUUUAUUUAUAAAGAUCAAACACAAUGAGUGAUCGGAUAAUCACAUUCACCAUGCCACUUCAACUGUU